UGUAUAUUGUAUUGUAUAUGUAGUAAUGGGAAUGCAUUUGUUUUGACAGGUGUGGUCGGAAACGCUCUUGUACGAUGCAGGCUAGCUUGACCCUGGCGAGGGCUGUUAGGAAAAAAAAGGCGAAAAAAAACGAAGAAAAAAAGGCUGCUCCGCGGGGUUUGAGGGGCGGAUUUGGACAAAGUUUCCCAACUGUCCCGAGCCGAGGAAGCUCCGGGGGGGUUGACGGGGAAUCGCUUUGACCGGUAAAUAUUUUCUGACUUCUUAUUCCGGUGUAAAUGAAGUAUUUUUCUUUCACUGUGUCUGAGAGCACCGUCGCCCGACUCGCCGGAAGUCUGCAUGAAGCUGCGUCUCCCUCUCAAGCAACAGCGUCGACGUUUUUUUUUUUUUUUUUUUUUUUUUUGGUUUUUCGUUUUUUUUUUUUAUUCGAGACUUUUUUUUCUGUUUUUUUAUUUUUCUCUCCGCGAGAUGAGUAGGGAGUGUGGAAUGGAGGCGUAGGAAGCGCGGGUAUUUGUGUUUACUCUGCGGAACAUGAACACAGGCCUCGGUGAAGCUAAAGCGAAGCCGCGAACAAAAGGCACAAAAUUAAUGGAGGCGAGUUCGCUCGUUAGCUGUUCAGGCUAACAGGCUAGCGCUGCUAUAGAUCGACGUAAACCUAAAGCGUUAGCCAUGUUUAUGUGAGUGUCUGAGACAGUAAGGACUCAGUGUUGCACCGGCCAGUUUGAUCAAAUAAAAAUAUAAAAAGAAAUGAUUCCCCUUUUAUUGACUGCUAACGUUAGCUCGAAGCUCAGAAUGCCUCAGUUUUAGAGGCACUUUGUUACGAAUGUGCGAUUAAAAAAAACAAAACAACAAAUAUGACCGUUUCCGUCAUAGAAAUACAGUGUUUUAUAUAACAGUUUUCAAAAAUGUGUAAAAAUAUACCAUGAGUUAAGAAGUAAGUUUGACGAUUUUAGACCAGAAAGAUGGACAUUUUUGGCAUUGAUGACAUUUACCAAUACAUUAGGUCAGUGUCUUCUUUGACCAGUUAACUCGUCAAGUAAAGUUAAAGAGUUUAAAGGCGUUUACUACCCAGGAAAUAAAAGAGAUUAACUGAAAUACUGUAAUUGUAUAGAGAAUUAAAUAGUUAAUCAUUAUCAGUUAAUUUUGCGCCGUUCUUGACAGAAAAUAUAUAGAAAAUAUAAUUUAUUCUUAUUAUGAGUCGAGUCUUUUUCACUUUUAUUUUACUGAUAGAUCCAUAUAGACCAUACAGUGUGGGAAUGAAGAAGUGUCCUUUACCUGAUAACCCCUGAGAUUGGCUCCGCCCCCUGUCGUGACCCUGUACAUUGUAUAAAUGUAUUAAUAGUGUUUUGGUCAAAAGUCAGUUUCUCGGUUGUGCCUCCAAUAAAAACCUGCCUCAGACCACUGACAGUGAAACUCUAUCUUCCUCCAUCUACCACAGUAGAGUUUGCAGGAUUUUAGAUGAACGGUCGGUUGAUGGUGCUCCUUCGUGUAUCUCCACGGUGUCUUCUCGCUGACACCCUAGAAACAAACAUCAAACAGCCUAUUGAAGGACGGGCGUGUGCCUGGUGCUCUGCAUGAGUUACAUCAACUCUGUUAGAGUUCUGCUCUCCGUGGGUCUGUGCAGCCGUCCCCACAGUGAUUCAGAUUUUUCAUUCACCUCCAGCUCGCUUCACUAACGUAAAAUAUGGACGAUUCCCAUUUCAACUCAUCAUACUUUUGGUCUCCCGUCCCCACUGUACAAGGACAGAUCGAGAACGCCAUGUUCCUGAACAAGGCAAAGGAGCAGCUGGGCCCAGAGAAGGCCAACGUGCCUUCCUUUCCUCACCCUUCAAUGUCUUCCACGUCCUCCCCUCACUACCCCUCCGCAAUCCUGGCCCUGCCGGGCUCAAUGGAGGGGGGGGCUGGGUUGCGGGUGGUGCCUAAACAGGAAGGGAGUGGAAGCAGCAGCAGCAACAGCAGCAGCAGCAGCAGUAAUAGUACAGUGGGAGGGCAUCUUCACCAGUGUCAUACAUCCCAGAAUGUCACCGUGGUGCCUGUUCCCUCCACCGGCAUCAUGACUGCAGCAGGGUUAGUGAUCACCACGCCUCAGGGCACGCUGGUGCCCACCUCCUCCACGCAGUCCUUCGCAGCAGGACACCCCACGGCCACCACCAUGAUCGUGUCCGCCGUGCACUCCUCAAACACAGACAAGGCGAAGCAGGACCACGCUGCGCCACCUGCCGUCGUCAUGCCGACGCCUUCCAAGCGAGGCAGGAAGAGCAAACAGAUGAUGGGGAGAGUGGGCGCAGUCGGGGGGGUCCUUCCUCCAGGAAGUGAUGCGUUAAUAUUGGCACACCUAGCUGCGGGAGGACAGCACCAUGCUGCCGACCCCUAUGACCUGUCCAACGAUGAGGACGAUCAUUCAGGGAAGGAUGGCCCCAAAUCCUACAGGUGUCGGAUGUGUGCGGUGACUUUCUUCAGCAAGUCGGACAUGCAGAUCCACGCCAAGUCGCACACGGAGGCCAAGCCCCACAAGUGUCCCCACUGCUCCAAGUCCUUCGCCAACUCCAGCUACCUGUCCCAGCACAUCCGCAUCCACAGCGGGGCCAAGCCCUACACCUGCACCUACUGCCAGAAAACCUUCCGUCAGCUCAGCCACCUGCAGCAGCACACACGAAACCACACGGAGGCCAAGCCCCACAAGUGUCCCCACUGCUCCAAGUCCUUCGCCAACUCCAGCUACCUGUCCCAGCACAUCCGCAUCCACACUGGGGCCAAGCCCUACACCUGCUCCUACUGCCAGAAAACAUUCAGGCAGCUCAGUCACCUACAGCAGCACACACGGAUUCACACUGGUGACCGACCGUACAAGUGCAACCAUCCUGGCUGUGAAAAAGCCUUCACUCAGUUGUCCAACCUUCAGUCUCACCGUCGGCAGCACAACAAAGACAAGCCCUUCAAGUGCCACAACUGUAAUCGUGGUUACACAGAUGCUGCCAGUCUGGAGGUUCACCUGUCCACGCACACGGUCAAACACGCCAAACUCUUCUCCUGUGCCCUCUGCAACAGAUCCUAUACCUCAGAGACGUACCUAAUGAAACACAUGAGGAAGCACAACCCAGACCCCCUGACAGUGGCAGCCACGGUGGCCGCUCAGCAAGCCCAGGGCCUCACACCGGGCAGCGGAGGAGGCCGGGGUCGUGGACGGGGCAGAGGGAGAGGAGGCGGGGCCGGACGAGCCAGCCUGCUCCAAAACCAGACCAACCCAAAUAGUACUAGCCAGAACCCAAACGCCGGACCUCCAGGCAGCUACCAGCCCCCUCAGCAGCCAUCAGAGGCCGUGGUUCCCUGCCCCUUUGACCUGCAUCAGUACAAGACGGUGGCGACCGGUGAGAUCCAGUACAAACCGGUCUCUGUGGCGGACCUGCCGGUGGUCCACAAAGACCUCUGCCUCACCGUCUCCACCUCAGCCAUCCAGGUGGAGCACAUGAACUCGUAGGCUGUCUCUUCCUGCUCGGUUUGAGGAGUUAUUUUUCUGUGUCUGCAGUAGAAGAAAAACCGUGGAUUUGAAACGAGUCAUUUACCUGGAUUCAAUGUUCCUGCCUUUUUACACCAAACACACAUUGGAAGUGAAAGUGAAGGGGUUCAAAAAUAGUCAAUUGCUCAACUUUGCCAGAAUAUUGGAGAAUAUUGUAAUGGGUUAGUCAGCAGGUGUCAGUAGGGAUGUCCGACAUUAACUUUUUGUUGUCCAAACACUUUACUUCCAAUUCCAGGUAAUAUUUAUUUAUUUCUCUGUACAAACCAGAGGAGGAGCUGCUGGUACCAGCGUUCUGGAUAUGGUCUCCUGAUUAUUGAAAUAGAUUAAUGAACUGAGCUACAAUGCUGCCAUCUAGUGGCUUUCACCUUCAUGUUCAUCACAUCAUUUGGUGAAACCCAGGCAUUGCAUUAUUGGGUUUUCUGAGGAAGAACCGAAGAUUAUUUCAGAUAUUAUCAUAACUUUGCUAAUAUCCAGUAGCCGAUAUUAUCGGACAUCUCUAGACCUAAACUUAAACGUGUAGAAUAUGCAGGAAUUUGUGGUCCCUGUUGCAUGUAGUUCUCUAUUUGUCCUGCAGAGGGAUUCUGCACAUUCUACUUCAAACUGAAAUGUUAAAUGUAGAAAUCUUCCAGUUUAAAAACAAAAAAGCAUUGACAUUGAACUUGGCAUAAAUAACUCAUUCCAAACGAGGAUACUGCACAACUUUGGUCACUAUUCCUGAGCCCAGUCCUGGAGGGAUUCUAACAGUAGAACUGCUGGUUAGAGACCGCGUUAGUUUGCAAAACAAAUAAUCCACUCAUUUGAUCAGUGGUGAAGUCACUAAUACUUAGUUAGUGUGUCAGUUUCUCCACAGAACAGACAUAUUUAAUUACUGCAAACCAAUCUCAGUGACAUCAAACAGUUCAAAGAUUAGGCUCAUUAUUCUUUUGGUGUGUAAGAACAAUGAAUACUCAAUGUACUGCGAUAUAUUUUGUUUCACAAUACUAUAAUGAUAUUCUACAGCCAAGAUUGGAUUUUUCUUUAUUACCAGUUAACAGAUCAAAUAUUCAUGGUGUUUACCAUGAUGACAGUUUUACUAAAACCUCAAUAUAUCGCUGUGCCUAUAGUAUUGCAGUUUAUCGCAAUAUAUCGUAUCGCCGCCUGUGUAUCAUGAUACGUAUCGUAUCGCCAGAUUCUUGCCAAUAUACAGUCCUAGUAAUUACACACCAGUCAGAUGUUCUCCUGGAGUAUUUGGUACUGUUCCCCCGGGGUCUGGUACUAGUUCAUGCAGUACUAGUACUAAGACCUGAUGUUUAACCAGCAGUUUUACUCUGAGGGUCUGGAUCAGGGAGGUUCACUGGAGAACUUUCUCUUUCUUUUAUUGCAUUUUUUGCAAUAGGCAUCACAUCCCGAGGCUUGAGGUGUAAAAUAUCUUUGAAAUGGAAAAAAAUCAAAUAUUAUUCUCUGUACAUUUAUGGUCCAAAGAACAAUGAACUUUUAAAAACAAAAAAACAUAUUUAGAUCACAUUAAUCUGAACUUUUUAAAAGUAUUCAUUUCAAGCCAAAUCAAGU